AUGCUGGCAGCAGUGUCUGCCCACUUCCCGCACAUGUCUCGCUGGACGGCCUGGUGCUACCGACAGCCCACUGACCCCAAUUUGGAAGCUCCAAACUGCGAUCGGCUGGGGGUGUGCAGCAGGGCGACCCUCUCGGUCCCCUGCUGUUUGCCUGAACUGCGCGGUGGGCCUUUGGACCUGGCGCUGCUCUACUUGGACGAUGGCGUGGUGGCGGGCAGUCCGGCUGUGGUGGGCUCGACUGACGCUGCGAGUCUCGGUGCACACCUUCCCCGGCAGCUCCUGGAAACUCCUGACGGAGCCAGCAGGGUGACCUGCAACUUUGGGCUCUUGGGUGCAGCCGUCGGGGAUGCUGCCUACGUCGCUGCCUACAUGUGCAGUCGAGCUGCCAAAGCCAAUGCUUUGCUGGAUGCCAUUGGCCAGCUCGAGGACCCAACACCCUGA